AUGGUUAGUCAAGGCAAUAAGACCAAGAUGGACUCGUUUGGGGGAGAGAAAGCGCCAACAAAUCUGGCACGGUCUACUUCUACCGGUGCGGAUAGGGAUGGUGAAGAUGGCAGGCCAAGGGAUAGAGAGGAUUCGCAGAAUUGCUGUGAACAGCUUUUGGCGCCGUUUUCGUCCCGUAGUCCCAUGACGCUGCGAGAUUGCCUCACGGAGUCAGACAGUCUACGAAGCAUUUCACCGUCCUGCAUCCCUCGCAACUGCAUUACAGCUGGCGAAAGCAAUAGACGGCGCCCCCGUCGUAUAUUUAUUAGACUUCCUAGGGUUAGUAGGGAUAGUAGGGUUAGGAGGCUUCGUAGAUUUAGCAAGCUUCGUAGGCUUCGUAGGGCUAGUAUCCUUGCUACGCUUCGUAUAAGAGAUGAUGUUGAACGCGUUAGCUCUCGUAUUGGGUUUCUCCGUCGUUUUAUCCGUCGUUCGCAACGUAUUCUUCAUGAUGAAGCACCUAAUGAAAAUUUUAUAAGCGGUGACAUCAGUGCUGGUGCUAUAUUUGGCGCUGCCAUGGGCAAUUACGUCGCCUCUGCUAUCUAUCCCAUCAAUCCCUUCCUUGGCGGUAUGCUCAAUUCUUUUACCGGUACUGUGGCCACGACUGUAUUGGAUAAGUUUAUUCGUAAGCGUCUUCAAAUAUUGAAUAGUGAAGGUAUGUAG